UUUUAAGCUUUGUAUCCGUUGAAACCCCACCCUUAACAACAGCCUCUCCACUCUGUCCCUUUCCCAAAGGCCAUUCUCGCCGAUGCUUUAUUUUCACCCUCCUCUCACAAUUCCCUACCAUUUUCUCGUUAACCAAACGCUCUCCAACGUCUCUCUCUCUAUCUCUCUUUCACUUUCGUUAUCAUCACUUUUCCCCGGGAAAUUUCACUCUCCCCCUCCCUCCCUCUGUCUGCACUCACCUCGUCGGAAGCAAUGGCCUCCGACGAUUCUCCCGGUCAUGGUCUUCCUCAGCUCUCCAAAAGAACUCCAUUCCUGGGUUUAAAGCUCUACUUCGUUAUCGGCAUUUUCCUUCUAAUCGUGCUGGUAAUUUUGCUUCUGAUCUUUCUCUGCGUUCGUCGGAAUCGAAUCUUGUCGAAGCGUAAAAUGCGCGUGAAGCACAGUUCCGGGACGAUUCCCUUGGUCUCCAAGGAGAUCGUGGAAGUCAAAGCCUUGGAUCUCGAGCAGAAUUGUGAGCGAGCAGAGAUUAAAAUCGAAGAUGAGGAUCCGAAGAAGGAGAAGGUUGAGCUUGAGGUCGAGAGAAGAGGGAAGAAGACGAGCGAUGAGAGUGAUGUGUCCGGGGGGAACCGCAGUGACGUGUCGGCGGACGCUCCAAACAUAGGGUGGGGCCGAUGGUAUAGCUUGAGGGAGCUGGAGGAUGCGACACGCGGGUUUGCGGAAGAAAGUGUGAUCGGUGAAGGAGGGUAUGGCGUUGUGUACAAAGGAGUUCUUGAAGAUGGGUCGGUGGUGGCUGUGAAGAAUCUCCUGAACAACAAGGGUCAAGCAGAGAAGGAGUUUAAGGUGGAAGUUGAAGCCAUUGGAAAAGUGAGGCAUAAGAAUUUGGUGGGUUUAGUUGGAUAUUGCGCAGAAGGUCCUCAAAGGAUGCUUGUUUAUGAGUAUGUUGAUAAUGGAAAUUUGGAGCAGUGGUUGCAUGGUGAUGUUGGCCCCGUUAGUCCCUUGACAUGGGAUGUACGGAUGAAAAUUGCCAUUGGGACAGCAAAAGGGCUGGCCUAUCUGCAUGAAGGGUUAGAACCCAAAGUUGUGCACCGAGAUAUAAAAUCCAGCAACAUUCUUUUGGAUAGAAAGUGGAAUGCUAAAGUAUCAGACUUUGGACUAGCCAAGUUAUUAGGCUCUGAGAAGACCUAUGUGACCACACGUGUAAUGGGGACAUUUGGAUACGUUUCACCUGAGUAUGCAAGCACGGGAAUGCUUAAUGAGGGAAGUGACGUGUAUAGCUUUGGGGUUCUACUCAUGGAGAUAGUUACAGGAAGAAGUCCCAUUGAUUACUCUAGACCACCUGGAGAGAUGAAUUUGAUUGAUUGGUUCAAGGGAAUGGUAGCAAGUCGUCGCGGUGAAGAGUUGGUAGAUCCUUUGAUUGAGGUUCAGCCCUCUCCAAGAUCUUUGAAACGAGCUUUGCUGGUUUGCUUGCGCUGUAUAGAUUUGGAUGUUAGUAAACGACCAAAGAUGGGCCAAAUCGUUCAUAUGCUUGAGGCAGACGAUUUCCCCUUCCGUUCUGAACUUCGUACAAUAAGAGAGAAAGAGCCUGUUCCUUCCUCAAAUUCCGCAAUUCCCAGUAAAAUUCCAUAUCACCCUAAGAAUGUGGAUUCUAUAGAACAGUCAAGAUGGAGAUGAUUGUAAUUCUUCCUCCUCGUGCCAAUUGAUCUGGCGACCGCAAUUUUAUUUGUUGCAAUGUAGUUUGUUCUUUUAAUCACAGUGUAAUUUAGUGUUGUUUGAUUUCUUUAAUUGCGAGCCAUUGUGCAUAUAUCAUUUUACAACGCCCCCGGCAUGUGCAUACAUCUUUUUACAGCGAAGUUGCCCCCAACAUGUGCAUAGGUUGUAUUGCAUUGUUUUGUGAAGAGAUAGCCUUCUUGUAAAGACACGUAUCUCUACAGGCUACACAAUUUUAAUAGCUUGAGAAUCCUAGACCCUCAA